CCGAAGAACUAUGAAGCUGGACAAAUUUCUCUCCGAGGGAGGACAUCUGACGCUUUCUGACAUCAGAGAAAAGUUCGGGAUUCCUACUAAGGUGGCAAAAGACUUGAUUGCAGGGCUCUACCCGAACCUUAAUCCAUUGAAGCUUGGCGGCCACACCGACCAAUAUCCCAGGUUGCGGUACGACGGUGUCCACCUCUCGACCCGAGAAGAACUCGCCAACAAAGCAGAUGUUUGCUUCCUGGCCAUCACACAGAUCGAAUUCGACACCGUCGUGGGGGUACUAGAGUAUAAAGAAGAGCUUUCAUCCAGUGGUGAGGACCUUAGAUGGUUCGCUGUCGGCUAUCGAGGCAACACCAUCUCCCUGGUGGGCCAAUCUAUGGCCAAGCGCGCCAUCAGGGCUUAUGGCGCUGCCACAGCCCUGUUCCCUUUGGCAGAAUCUUGUAGGUUUUUCUUUAAGGUCGGAGGGGCCGCCGGUCGUUACGAGAGGGGCACCAUCGCCAUCCUCUGCCGAGGAUCAGACGGCGUCGUUGUGCACGCUAAAACAGUAGGGGCGUUGAUUAUUAUAUAGCCUGUGUAAUCUCGACCUUAAAAUUGAGCCGCUUAGUGAUACUUCUUGCGGUCUGUAAAUGGUUUCCCCCGUACUUAUGACUUUGACUGUCUAAGGGAGAAUUUGGACGCAACAGCUGUAUGGCGAACAUCAAAAUCGACAACAAUCGGCUCAAAAGGUUACCAGAAGCUCGACAAAUUAUGAAACGAGUGACCAGUAGACGAGGAAGGAUGAUUGUUGCCAACUGCUAUUUGCAAUGAAUGAAUUUGCGUUCAAUGUGUAUGGGGGAGGGGGAUAUAAUGCAAUCUGCUCACACUUCUGGGUCAGUAAAUGAGGCUACAAUUAAGUGGACACUCAAAUUGUGCUGAAUUGAAAAUGAGUUUUCAAGACAUCAAGACAAUUACAUCUUCGGAAAUGUCUGC